AUGGUUUUCACGUUAGUACAGCUACUUACGUAUCUAGGAAUAGUCUUGGAAGACUCCAUGAGUGGUGAGAACGCGCACCUGCACCACGGCUAUGGCCGUCAGCUGCCGUCGCCGUACGGCAGCAUCGGCGACGGCAGCGUCGGCGAUCUCAACGACCACUUCUCCGAUCUGUCGAUCACGAUGGACAGAAAGCCGGGCAAGCGGCCGCCGCCGUCCUACCUGUGUCACCUGUGCUUCAUGAAGGGACAUUACAUCAAAGACUGUCCACAGGCGAGACCAAAAGGAGAGGGACUGACGCCGUACCAGGGUAAGAAGCGCUGUUUCGGUGAGUACAAGUGCCCAAAGUGCAAGCGGAAGUGGAUGUCGGGCAACAGCUGGGCCAACAUGGGACAGGAAUGCAUCAAGUGCCACAUCAACGUCUACCCACACAAACAGCGCCCCCUGGAGAAGCCGGACGGCCUCGACGUGUCCGACCAGAGCAAGGAGCAUCCCCAGCACCUGUGCGAGAAAUGCAAGGCGCUCGGAUACUACUGCCGCCGGGUCCAGAGCCGGCGAGAAGACAAGGAUGGGACGGAAGUUGCUCGCGGUAGGCAUUGACCUUGAAAUUUGUACUAUAGAGCGUGCAAAGAACGUUUUGCUUUUGCUUGUACAAGCGCCACCAGGCAGGCAGGCAGGCAAAGCUGUAUACGCACAGCCGCGUGAGUGUGUGCGCCAGCAAGCAGUGGUGAUAUAGGAAAUCCCUCAGCAGCACAUUGGGGUCUGAAAUCACAGCGUCUGCCGCCGUAGCGCUAAAUAUAUCUUGUUUAUUUUCGGCCGAGCGCGGUCUGGAUGACUCGCAAGAAAUGCGCACGC